AUGGCGGCGGUCCAACAAGAGAUGGAGGCAGAUGCUAUGAAGUUGUUCAUCGGUGUAAUCUCAUGGGACACCAAUGAGGACCACCUUCUAAAGUACUUCAAGAAGUAUGGGGAGGUGGAGGAGGCCAUCAUCAUGCGUGAUCGGGCUACUGGCCACAGCCGGGGCUUUGGGUUCAUCAUGUUUGCUGACCCUGCUGUAGCCAAGCAUCGCCCUAGAGGCUUUGGGUUCAUCACGUAUGAUUCAGAAGAUGCCAUGCAUAGGGCAUUAUUCAAGACAUUCCAUAAAUUGAAAGGUAAGAGGGUUGAGGUCAAGCGAGCUAUUCCUAUGGAACCAUCUCCUAGACCUAGCAUGUGCUCUGCUAUCAAUGGGUUCAAUUAUGUAACUGGUAGAGCCAAUAGCUUCCUUAAUGGAUAUACCCAGCAUUACAAUAUGAGUCCAUUAGGUGGCUAUGGAAUGAGGAUGGAUGAAUGUUUUGCUCUUCUAUCAGGUGGGAACAAUGGUUAUCCAUCUUUUGGUAGUAGUUAUGGAAUUGGAAUGAAUUUUGACACAUGGAUGAACCCAUGUACUAAAAGUGGCUCUAGCUUCAAUAGUGGUAUCCAGCGUGGAUGGCAUCUUAAUCCAUAUAAUGGAAAUUCAGGUGGAUUCAACAACUAUGUUAGCUAUGGUGGAGUCAAUGAGAAUAAUGGUUUACUAUUUGACUCACUAGUUCGUAACCUUUGGGGUAUUUUUGGUCUUAAUCACUCUUCUAGUUCCAGAAGCUCUAAUUUCUUUGUGCCAUUUGGAAAUGGGGACCUUAGUGGAAUUGGGAACAACAAUGUGAAUUGGGGAAACCCUCAUCAUGUGCCUGCUCUAGGUGCCAAUAAUUGCUCUGUUUACUGUACUGGAAACUUUGGUUAUGGGUCCAUUGAAACCAACUUUGGUCAAGGUUCCAGUGUUUAUGGAAGGAAUGUUGGAUCAAGUGGUGUCAAUAACUUAAACCAAUCAACCAAUGGGUAUGCAAGGAACUUUGGAGAUUCAUCAGUAGGUGGUGGCUCCAUCUAUGGAGACACAACUUGGACAUCUAGAUCUAGCAUGAUGUUACAAAAAUGA